AUGGUUCUGGCCAGCAGCCAGCAGCGGUCCCAGUCAGCUGCCAGCAGUGGUCCCGGCCAGCAGCCAGCAGCGGUUCUGGCCAGCAGCCAGCAGCGGGCCCGGCCAUCAGCCAGCAGCGGGCCCGGCCAUCAGCCAGCAGCGGUCCCGGCCAGAGACCAGCAGUGGUCAUGGCCUGUAGCCAGCAGCAGUCCCGGCCAGCAGCCAGCAGCGGUCCCGGCCAGCAGCCAGCAGUGGUCCCGGCCGCGGCCAGCAGCAGUCCUGCCCAGCAGCCAGCAGCGGUCCCGGCCAGCAGGCAGCAGCAGUCACGGCCGGCAGCCAGCGGUGGUCCCAGCCAGCAACCGGCAGUGGUCCCAGCCAGCAACCGGCAGUGGUCCCCGCCGGAGGCAAGCAGCGGUCCUGGCCAGCAGCCAGCAGCAGUCCUGGUCAGCAGCCAGCAGUGGUCCCGGCCAGCAGCCAGCAGCGGUUCUGGCCAGCAGCCAGCAGCGGUCCCCGCCAGCAGCCAGCAGUGGGCCCGGCCAUCAGCCAGCAGCGGUCCCGGCCAGAGGCCAGCAGUGGUCGUGUCCACCAGCAGCGGUCCCUGCCAGAGGCCAGGAGCGGUCUUGGUCAGCAGUCAGCAGCGGUCCCGGCAAGCAGCGAGCAGCGGUCAUGGCCAACGACCAGCAGCGGUCCCAGCCAGAGGCCAGCAGUGGUGCCUGGCAGCAGCUAGGUGGUCAUUGGCAGCAGCCAGCAGUGGUCCCGGCCAGCUGCCAGCAGCGGUCCUAG